AUGAGCUCAUCAUCAAACAACAAUGGAUUAUCCUCAGCCUCAUCCGCAUACAACGUGGGAUUGGUUUCGGGCUCCUCCUUUCUCAAUCAUUCAGUAAUUUAUGAAAACUUUUCUUUACAGGGUUCAUCCAACAACAAAUUUCAUGCUCCAAUUUGUCAACAAUGGCAUAGAAAGUAUCCAUUGCUUGCAAUUUCUAAGGUCAAUGGAGUUGUUUCAGUGUAUGAUGAUCACGGAGAAAAGAUGGAACGAGUCAACUUGUCUCGUUCUUCAAAUUGUACAGCACUUGCAUGGCAUCCCUCCAAAUUUAUUCUUUGCACGGGCUGGAAAGAUGGAGCCCUCUUGAUCUAUAACGAUAAGGAUCACAAUCAGAAAGAGGUAGAAAUUGAGGAACAUGGAAAAAUAUGUGCUUUGAAAUGGACACCCGAUGGUGAACGAUUAAUAUCGACACAUCAAGAUGGAACUAUCGGAGUUUGGAAGUAUGAAGGAGGAAAAUUAAAGCAUGUGGUGAAUUAUGAAAAUCCUGGCUCAUGUAUUGAGUCAGCAGAUCAAAUAGUGUUCAAAACAAAUAGAGAUCCAACAACGGAAUUGUCGUGGAUUUUCUUUUUGCCCGUCACAGCUGGUCAAGGAUCAAAAGUUGUGGUUGGAGUGGCUGACGACCUUAAUGAAACCACUCACAAAUCUGCAAAUGGAGUUCGUGUUGACACUCUUCACGACACUGGAAUUCAAUUUAAUGGAUCUCAAAUUUGUUCACUACUGUUUCACAGAGAAAAGUCUCAUCUUGUCCUUCUCACUGACUCUGCCUUGCUUGUGGUUUACAAGAUAAAUGCUUCCAUCACCAAACCAAAUGAAAUUGGAAUGAAACAAGUCAUGAGAACAAAAAUUAGCAUUUCCAAUGGUUCUGGUACCACCAUUAAAACUCUAUGGGUCGGAUCUGGAGCCAUUGCCACCAUUACCAGUAAUGAAAACAUGAUUAGAGUUUGGAAUUUGGAAACCGACGAAAAUACAACUCUCCUACUCACUCCAAAUAAUGAUGGUGAAAUCAUAAUCUCAUUUUCAUUCAAUCCUCAAAAACGAGCCAUUGUAGGAGGCACCAGUUUAGGUCGCUUAGUGUUUUGGACUUUCACGGGAAAUCAAAAAGCAAGAGAUCAAUGGGAAAAGUACGGUGAAUAUCAAGUUCCAAGCAAACAACCAGUGAGAAUGGUUCAAUGGGGAUUUGGAGAGAGAGUUCUAUGCUAUUCUUGCGGAGAGAAUAAUGACAUUGAAAUUUUGCAAGAAAAUAGCUUCCAAAAGAGAAUGAAGAACAACACAGUCGCCAUUCAAAACUCGUUGACUUCUGUGAUUAUUGGUCGAUGUUUAAAUAACGAAGAAAAGAUACCUCCUUUAACCAUCAAAACAGGAAUUAAUAUUAGAAAUUUUGAUCAUUCAGAGACUCACUUGGUCGUUUCAAAUAAUUCAGUGAUUGAACUAUUCGAACACAAAAGCAAGGAGCUCGUGAAAAAGUCAGAAACCUUUGAAAUUCCGUCGAUUUGUGUUGGAUUGCACACAGAAAGUAUUUUUGUACCGACCAAUGGUUCUGCAAAUUCGAACCCAAGAAUUGAGAUUUACAGUUUUAAAGGUGUCAAGAAGCAAACAUUGCAACUCUCUGAAGAAGAAGGUAUUCCAACCUCAAUUGAUGUUCAAGGAGAUUUCAUCACCGUUGCUACCAAUACCAAUCACGUAAGAAUGUGGCACGUACUCGGACGAGAGGCUAAACCAGUUUCAGUUUCCAAGAAAGUGUUUGACAACAAUGAGAAUGAUCAAUCUGAAAAAACCUACAUUUCGUCGGUGAAAUGCAACUGCAAUGGAACCAUGCUUGCUCUGUUAGGAAAGAUCAAGACGGAAGGUGAGAUUGAUUUAUUGUCUCCUAGCACCAAGCUCUAUGUCUAUGAUUUUGAGCAUGACAAAUUACAGAGCUUUGAUUUUGAAACCAAGUUUAAAGGUGGUACUCCUACCUCUGUAUUUUGGGAUUUGAGUGAACCAAACUUGCUUUCUGUUGAGUUGAAGAAUUCUGACAAUGAGGUAUAUGUUUGCACCCUUUUUGCCACACAAGAUCACGGCACACUCUUUCAGGAUUAUUUUAAGAUUGAUAGGAAUGCACAAUCACUCGUAGGACAAUGUGUUCCCAAUCUUUUCUUUGUGAAGAAUGAUGCCUCGGGCUCGAACGGAGAUAUUUUUGAAAAGAGAGCCAUGAAAGACUUUGAAGGAAUUGAUGAAGAUCAAUUAUCAUCGAAAACCAAGAGAGCUCUCUUAAACUUUAGUUUCUAUCUCAAUAUUGGAUCUAUGGAAGAAGCUUACAAAUCCGUCAAACAAAUUGAGUCUAAAUCUUCCAUUUGGUACAACAUGGCCAAAAUGUGUGUUAAAACUCGCAAAAUGGAAAUCUCAGAAAUUUGUUUGGGCAACAUGAAAAAUGCAUUAGCAGCAAAAGCUCUCAGAAAGGUCAAAGAUAGUGAGCCUAAUGAACCACUGGCAUGGAUAGCAACAUUGGCCAUUCAGUUAGGCAUGAUCGAUGAAGCUGAAAAACUUUAUGCCGAAUGUGAGAGAAAUGACCUUCUCAAUGAAAUGUAUCAAUCCAUUGGGCAGUGGGAGAAGGCACUCGAAAUUGCCAAAACCAAAGAUAGAAUCCAUUUAAAAACAACUUACUACAAAUAUGCAAGAUAUUUGGAACAAGAAAUUGGCGAUUUAAAAUCGGCUGAAAAGUUCUAUGAACUUUCGAACACUCACAAGUAUGAAGUACCUCGAAUGUAUUACAAUGCAGGUGACUUGACAAGUCUGCAGAAUUAUAUUCUCUCUCGACCUGAUGACAAGGAAUUGAAUAGAUGGUGGGCUCAAUAUUGUGAGGGCAACACAGACUAUGAAGAGGCUCUCAAAUACUACAUUCAAUCCAAUGAUUUCCUUUCCCAAGUGAGAAUGUAUUGUUUCAUCGGGAAUUUAAAGAUGGCAGCUGAGAUUGUGAAAAAGUCUCAAGAUAAAGCUGCUGCUUACUACUUUGCAAAACAGUUAGAGAAUGAAAAAGAAAAUAAGAAGUUGUUGGAUCAUGCCAUCAAAUAUUACAAAUUUGCAGGAUGUUUCAACGAAGCGGUGAGAGUCGCUAAAUUGUUAGGCAAUGACAACGAAGCAUUGAAUCUUUCUCUGCAAUCAUCGAAUGAAAAACUCAUGAUUGACGUUGCCCACUACUUUGAAUCCACAGGUCAAACAGAUAAGGCAGUAUUGUUGUACCAAAAAGGUGGAAACUUGUCUCGUGCCAUCGAUUUGUGCUUUAAACAUCAAUUAUUUGAUACUCUUUCCACAAUUGCUGAUAAUAUUUUCAAUGACAAAUCAGAUAGCGACGACCCAGAGGUGUUCAUGAAAUGUGGACAGUUCUUUAUUGAACAUUCACAAUUUGAAAGAGCUGUGCAAAUGUACAUUCGUGCCAAAGAAUACGAGUUAGCUUUAGAGUUAUGUAUCAAGAAGAAUGUCAAAUUAACAGAAGAAAUGGCAGAUCAAAUGUCUCCUCCUUCAGAGGAAAUUCCAACCUCAUCGGCCUCGUCACACAAUAACAGCAGUACGAGUCUCACUUCUCUCAGUAAUAACGAAAGUGGGGCCAACGCAGGAACCUCACCUGAAAAUGAGGAAACCAAUGAAAAGAUUCUUCUGCUGAGGAAGAUUGCAAAAGUGGCAUCCAUACAAGGAAGUUAUGCCAUUGCAACCAAGAAGUAUGUCCAAGCUGGUGACAAGUUGAAAGCCAUGAAGGUUCUCAUCAAGUCAGGAGACACUGAAAAGAUUAUGCUCUUUGCAGUACUGAGUAGGCAAAAACAACUGUACAUAUUGGCAGCCAACUAUUUGCAAAGCUUGGAUUGGCACAACGAGCCUGAGAUUAUCAAAUCUAUUAUUUCGUUCUACACAAAGGCUAAAGCAUGGAAAUUCCUUUCAAGCUUCUUUGAAACCUGUUCUCAGGUGGAAAUUGAUGAAUACAGAGAUUAUGAAAAGGCGCUGGACGCUCUUCGUGAAUCAGUCAAGUAUUUAACCAAAGAAAUUAAGCAGAAUAAGAAGAGCAACCCAAAUUAUGAUAUGAGGUUGAAACAGCUCAAUCAAAAAAUUUUUUAUAUCGAAAAAUUCAUUUUGGCUAAAUCUCUCAUGAAUUUGAAAACGAAUGAAGUCCAAUUUGUUUCGAUAUGCAGAGAGCUGAUUAAUAAUGUAAACAAUUUGGAAGAAGAAAGUGUGAUUGAAAUCGAUGAAGCUAUACGAGUUGGAGAUGUUUUUGCAAUACUCAUCGAGUAUCAUUUACAAACAUUGAAUGAUCCUAACACUGCCUACAAAUUAAUUUUGGAAAUGAAACAAAAAGAUAUCACUCUAAAUUAUUUCCUUGAUGAAGAAAUGAUCAAGACCAUUUGUAAACAUGUUGGAGUUGAUUUCAAUGAAGUCAUGCCACCAGAAGAUAAUCAUUCCACUCGAACAGGUGAAGAUGAAGAUAUUCAAGAAGAAAUUGAGGAGGAUUAA